CUACACCAUACUACGAAACAAUACUGUGCAGAAAUGCUGAAAAGCUGCGGAAAUACUUCAGUGGCCAUUUCCAUAGGAAUUUCCCUUCUUUUACUGUUGUUGAUCUGUGGAAUUGGGUGUGUUUGGCACUGGAAACAGCAUAAUACAGUGCAAUUUACCUUACCAAAGUUUUUGCAAAGGAGAAAAGACUACCCUAAAAGAGUCUCCUUGAGCCCCCGGGUUAUCGGCCCAAGAAAUAAAAUCUCAGUUCAAACCCAAGACCACAGCUCUGCUGGGAAGGACACUAACAUACAUGACAACUAUGAAAAUGUGGCAGCGUGUCCUCCCCAAGUUAAGGAAGAAACAGACAAGGGAGUAUAUGAAAACACUUGGCAGACCAAUUUCCAGGAACAUAUCUAUGGAAAUGAGACACCAUGUGACUAUUAUAACUUCCAGAAGCCUAGUACUUCUGAAGAACCUCAAGAUGAAGACGUAUAUAUUCUUCCGGAUUCAUAUUAAGUUUUCAAAAUGUGGGUUUAGUUCCUGGAGGAUAAAUAUUUGCUGGAACUUUUAUUGUACUGAUAACAUUAUUAAUCAAGUUCUUCUGUUGAAACUUAAUGAUCUCUGUUUUAUCUCCACCCUUCUGAAUCCUCUCUGCAUGUAUCACUGUGGAUUAUUCUAGAUAUCCUCUCCACCCUCCUUGCCCUGGAUUAAUUCUGCAUUAUGUUUUAUUGAUUCUUCCUUCUGAACAUUACUUGUUAUAUUUUUCUUCUUUUUCUAUCUCCACCAUCUUUUCUGGCUCAGGAUUGUAGUCACAGUCUGCUAACUAGUCUUUCUGGCUCUAGUUUCUACAUAAUCAGUGAUGCUGCAUCAAUCCCCAUGAUGUUGCCAGAUUCAUCUGCAGAAAAUAUUCUGAACGGCCACAUCACUCCUUUGCAUAUAACCUCUUAAUGUCGCCUCUUUGUAAAAGACAUACUACUCAUAAUUCUAACUCCAGAAUUCAUGAUUUUACACAGUUGGUUCAAAUUCACUUUUCCAGUGACUUCUACUAAUCUCUCACUUCAUUUUCAUCCGAAUCAUCUGAAAACCUGCCGAACCCGUCCCUCCUCCACGGCUUUGUUUGUCCACCCCCUCUUAAGCCUGCCUCGGAUCAUAACUUCUUCCACGAGUCUCUU